AUGGUUUUACGACAAUGCCUCGCUUGCAACUCAACGGUGAGUAGGCAGAAAUCUGUGUGAGGAUUAUUAUGUAAACCAUGUCGGGGAUUUUUUUAUUAUAUGAAUAUUCCACUGCCGAUGUUCACAUGUUGUUACGGCCUGAGUGAGUCGAAGUGAAGACCUCGCUUUGCAAUUGCAGUUUGACAACUUCGAAAGGUCUAGAUUAAUAUCGAGUAACAGGAUUACACGAAGGGAUCUAAGAAAGUAUAAAUUGGAUUGAUUUCGAUUUGAACGUUAAUGCUUCGUUUGGAAACGUUUCACUCGAUCGUUGUUAGAAGUUUACACAAAGGUAAUCUCCGCUAUUGUUUUUACUUUGCUACUAACGAAUGUAUCAACUGGCAAGUUAUGUACAUCAGCGUGAAAAUUUACCUUAAGCUGAUUUUUGUAAUAAGAGGCAUACCUAUAACUCUUGUUCAGCGCAUGCUUGGGCGGGCCAAUAUGCAAAUUUAUUUUAAAAUCAUCAGCCCGGAAAACGUGUUCGUCUUGCUUUCGCUUUUCAGGAGAGCAAAUUUGAAUUAUCACAAUCACUGUUGCCGUUCCCGUGUGACUUGUCCCAAAGUUUUCCCUUGCUACGAUUCGUACAGAAAAUCGCAUAAGGUCGAGUGAAAUUAGGCUUUAAUAUCUCGUGUAAUUUUAGAAUUACGAAGUUCAAGGUUCAAAGCUAACCCCAACAAAAUGUGUUUCCCUUAGUGGGGUCGACCAAGUGGUUCCUUUAGCUGGGGGGUUUAACGAAGAACGAAAAAUAGUUUCUUAAGGUGAAUUAUUUUACCCAGCGAACCCGGUAUAGGAACACGCAGAGGCAACCCUCGAUAGCGUCAGAGCUUGUUCAGGUGGCUCAUAAGACAGGGGCGUGAGUGGGUAGGUGUGUUGCGGGUGGGGGGGGGACUAGUUUUUGUUCUUAGACGUACAUCUUAGUUUACAAACUUGAUACGAUUGAUAAUUUAUCAUCUUGAUUCCUUACAUGCAUUGCAGGUUUUAGGCACAUUACAGAUAUGUACCUGUGGCCACGUAUUCGAAGAUGUUCGGCAGAUUGGUGGGAAAAGGUUCUCAGGUCUGUGUGUGCAAACUUCCAAAUCUUCGAUUAUUUACCAGAGCUAACAACCUCGUUGGUCAAAUUUUAAUCGCAGUGUAGACUGCGUUUGCCAGUCGAAAUUUCGGCUCAAACACUUGUGGUUAUUGUCAUCAGCUAUGUGACAUUUGCUUGACGCUUCAUGCGGUUCCCGAAUUCCCGUUUUGCUUUUUCUUGCCCAGGCAAGCUGUGAUAGUGACCUUUGACCUUCACCUUGUUGUUUUCUGCUGAGUUUUCUUAUUCUCGCCUCUUUCGUAGAAAAGGUUGUGGUUAUUCAUCGUGGUGAAUAACGAUAAAAGCUAAGUUUUUCGUUUGUCUCACGAUGUAGUCACGUGUGAAUUCUUCGCCUGAAGAAGACUAGCAGUAUGUAGUCGAAACGUCGCGAUCUGCAUCACACGUGACUACAUCGUGAGACAAACGAAAAACUUAGUUUUUAUUCUCGCCUCUUUGUAUCUACAAAAAUUCAAGUUGGAGGAAAAUGCAAGCUUUUUUUUUUUUCAAAGGAAGUGGUAUGAAUUGAAUUGCUGGAAGCCUCUUUAGUAGGGGCAGAGGGAAUCCUUUGAACGGAAAUAUUCGCGCUUCAUUUAGCCUUAUAUACUGCGUCCUCUUCCUCCUCUCCCCUCCUUCGUGGGCUAACCGACAUACUUAUGAGAAGUGGGGGGUGGGGUGGGGGGUGGUUUAAAAAGUCAAAAAAAUUAGUGCAUGUGCACUAUGUGGUGGUUCAAUCUUUGGAAUAAUUACUUUUACUCGUGUCACUUGGUAGAAAAUGUACCGAACUUUCUUUUUCCUUAUGCACGGCCAGAACUCGCACAUUUAAAAGUUUUCCUUUUAAAAUACCUCGUUUCCGCAGUAUAUCGAGCUAGCCUGUACACAAGACUGGAAGCCAAGAAAAUAAAAUUCAGAGGGGAUGAGAGCAAGACCCAAAGCGACCCGGAUUCAUCCGAAGAUUGUCGCUCGAAGCAGGUAACAAAAAACGAAAAUAUGGGUGUAGCGAAUGAGAACGGGAACUGCUGAAAGAAAGUCUCUCGCUCUGGGAUUUGGCUGCGCUUUUCUGCCCGUGAGUUUAUGAUCAAAGACAAAUUUUAACGAGGCAGUGCAGAAUUCUGAACAAUAUUCUGGCUCUGAAAACAUAUUCGGUUAUGGCCCCCUUCAUCGGGGCUUUCAAGGCUGAAUUUUUAGUCACGCAAUCUUCUGAUAUGAUGAAAGGACUGAAACAGUAGAAAUAGGAUCAUGAUUUACCUAGCAUGGCAUAUACUUGAGAUCCUGCCUUUAAGCUGAUUCUCACUCUUACCAACUAUGCGUAAUGAAAAGAUGAAGGUUUUGUUAAAGACGAGCCACAAAAACAUCCUAACCCAUGACGCUUGCACUGGUUUCUUCAACUGUUACGCACGCAUUCCUUUGACCAGUUCAAAUGAACCAACCGGACAAUUUAAAUAUCUGAGCAACUGCGCGCCUACCCUUCCCAUAACCCAUCAUUAACCCUAACUUGUUAUCAGCUGACUCUUGUUGGGUUGGGGAGGGGAGGGAGGGAGGGGGGGAGGGGGAGGGGGAGGGGAGGGGAGGGGAGGGGAGGGGGAGGGGGGGGAACAGGGGAGGGGAGGGGAGGGGAGGGGAGGGGGGGGAGGGGAGGUCAGAACACUCAGAUACUGAUACUGAUCCAACCCGGCAACCAACCAAUGGAAACUUUACGUAUCAGUAACAGCUGAUGCUUUGGUAUUCCAUCUUUUAUCACGAUAGGUAGCUUUGAAAACUAAAAAAGGAAUUAUUGGUUCAUCUUCCUCAAGUAAAGUGCCAAGAAAGAAAGGAAGAAGAAGGGGAAGAAAUGGAAAGAAUACGCAUGAAAAUCGGCGCGAAAACAAAGCAGUUUCUUUGUUUUAUUCCCCCGAAGAGGAAGCUGAACGAUUUUCGCAAGCUCUUCAAGAAAUCAACCGAAGAAUCAUGGGGCAGUCUUUGGUUUGGCUGCUCUAA